CAAAUGAGGAGGACAGGUAAUUAAGGUUACAAUGUGCAGGAAAGUUACAAUAACUAUUAGGUCUAUUAAAGGUAGUCAUCUCUUUAUUAUUUUUAUUUUUUUACCUUUUUACAUCGCCAUGUUUUGGCUAUUUUCAACAUUUCACACAGUUUACAUCUCAACUUGACAAUAAUGUCAACAAACUUUUCAUUGGUUCGCUCUUUAAGAAACCCGGAAGUGAUUUCCUGUGUUUACGGCAGCUCGUGCGUGUUCCAAACUGGCAGCUGAGGACGCUCCGUGCCAUGAUAUCCAGCCGAGUUCUCCUGACUGUCCGAAGCAGUGUGAGGUGUUGGAGACAACGGGCUGUCCUCAAAGCGGCUCUAGGAGCCGCGASCGUCCGCAGUUGGCGCAGCUACUCCGCUCCAGCUCGUCGCGGUGCCCCGGACAUGGAGGAGCUACUGGCCAGGGUCGUCGUCCCGUUACCUUCGUACGAAACGCGGGAUAAAUCUCCACCUCCUCCGGAGUCGUUUAGCCUGGAGUUUGUGCAUUACUACAGAAGUCUCGAGAAGGAAGACAAAAUCGAUAUCCUGACCAAGCUGUCCCAAGAAUACGGGGUGGAUCACAAAACGGUUUCGGAGCUCUCYGCUAGGCUGUUGGACAUUCAGCUGCGGGACCUGGCGACUGUUCUGCAGGCUGAGGACAGGCUCCGGUACAGUUUGACGCCACGUUAUAAGCAGUUCUUCAGUCAUAUAAGCAGGGUCGAAGGUGGUGUGAAGUUUCUGGUGGACAUCCGCGCUGAUGUGCUUGAGAUGAUGGCACUCAAAUCAAGUGAAAGCCCGCACAUCAGGGAGCUGAAUGGUACUCUGAAGAGCUUACUCUCUGAGUGGUUCUCUGUUGGUCUGCUCCGACUUGAGAGGAUCACCUGGCAGUCUCCUUGUGAGAUCCUGCAGAAGAUCAGCCAGUAUGAAGCGGUGCACCCUGUAAGGAACUGGACUGACCUGAAGCGUAGAGUGGGAUCAUACAGACGCUGCUACGCCUUCACCCAUGCCGCCAUGCCAGGAGAGCCGCUGGUCGUGCUGCACGUGGCUCUGACCGAGGACAUCUCUGACAACAUACAGAGUAUCGUUCGUGAGUUUGCAACACUUGACUCAGAGGAGGACGUGAACAAGAUAAAUUCAGCCGUCUUCUACUCCAUCUCCUCCACCCAGGCUGGCCUGCAAGGAGUGGAGCUGGGCAACUAUCUCAUCAAGAGGGUGGUGCGAGAACUGCAGAGCGAGUUCCCUCACAUGGCCCAGUUCUCCAGUUUGUCGCCCAUCCCAGGCUUCUCCUUGUGGCUCCAAGGCCUGCUGAGCCAGUACAGGAAGGAAGGCCGGGGCUCCGAUCUUUUAUCGGAACAGGAAUGGAGGGAGGUGGAACAGGCCACUGGUUCYGCCCCAGGGACCCCUGCUGUUGACUCCCUCCGCAAGCUCAUCGUCACCGGCGAGUGGGCUCGCUCAGAGAGACUCUCCGGUGUCCUGGAGCCGGUCCUGAUGCGUCUCUGUGCCUGGUACCUUUACGGGGAGAAGAGACGAGGCUACGCUCUUAACCCAGUGGCCAACUUUCACCUGCAAAAUGGCGCCACCGUAUGGCGCCUCAACUGGCGUGCCGACACCAGCCCCAGGGGCGUGGCCAACUCCUGUGGAAUCAUGGUGAACUAUCGUUACUUUUUGAACGAAACGUCUAAAAACAGCACGUUAUACCUUCAAAAUAAAAUCAUCGCAGCAUCAGAACAGGUGCUAGGACUGGUGUCCCAAUUUCAGCAGAACAGUAAACUGUAAAAUGAGAAUUGUUACACCUUUACUGCAACUAUUGUUUGGUUUUACAAGGUAGACCCAGUUGUUCAUGGCUUAAAAAGUGAUUUAUUAUGUUAUUAAAUCUGCCUUUGAUAUUUGUCAUGUUUUGCAAAAAUAUCUAAAACCUGCAUUACUACUGAAUGUACUUCCUGACAUUAUUUUUGUAUUAAAAUUAGGCCAUUUCUCACGUGACGUAAGUCACCCCAUCUGCUAUGCGCCUCAUUAGAUUUCCAGCCGAAGCUGUUUGAUAUUGUGUAAGUGAUUCGUCGGGCAGACUGCAGCUAAUGAAGCAGAAGGCAUCCAUCAAUGCCAAAGCAUGUUGGUGAAUAAUAGUGUGUAAUGGUGAGGCUGGAGCAACAAGGGUGUGCACCUACUGGAAUAAAUGAUGUUUAUUCUUUCA